CCUAUGAUAUAAAGUCUGCAUUUCCCUUCUCUCUCGAGCCCAAUUUAUUUCUUUUCCUCCUCUCUGCUCUUUCCCAAUUCUUUCUUUCUUUCUUCUUCGUCCGCUUCUUGUCUUUCUCAGUCAAGAUCCUCUCGCUCUUCUUGUUCAUCAAAGUUUCUUCUCAGUGAACCUCUUCGCUUCAAAUCUAAGCGAAGAUGCGUGAGAUUCUUCACAUUCAGGGAGGUCAGUGUGGUAACCAGAUCGGUGCCAAGUUUUGGGAAGUGGUGUGUGCAGAGCAUGGGAUUGACGGCACAGGGAGGUACCAUGGAGACACUGAUCUACAGCUUGAGAGGGUUAAUGUCUACUACAAUGAGGCGAGCUGUGGCCGCUUUGUUCCUCGUGCCGUUCUGAUGGACCUGGAGCCUGGGACGAUGGACAGCCUUAGAUCAGGCCCUUACGGUCAGAUCUUUAGGCCUGAUAACUUUGUCUUUGGUCAAUCCGGCGCCGGAAAUAACUGGGCGAAAGGACACUACACGGAGGGAGCAGAACUCAUCGAUUCUGUUCUUGACGUUGUUCGAAAGGAAGCCGAGAACUGUGACUGCCUGCAAGGUUUUCAGGUCUGCCACUCGUUGGGAGGUGGAACUGGUUCAGGCAUGGGAACGCUUCUCAUAUCAAAGAUCAGGGAGGAAUAUCCUGAUAGAAUGAUGCUUACCUUCUCUGUCUUCCCUUCUCCGAAGGUGUCUGAUACGGUUGUAGAACCCUACAACGCAACUCUGUCCGUGCAUCAGCUCGUUGAGAACGCCGAUGAGUGUAUGGUUCUGGACAAUGAAGCUCUCUAUGAUAUAUGCUUCAGAACACUCAAACUCACCACUCCAAGCUUUGGAGAUUUGAACCACUUGAUAUCUGCAACCAUGAGUGGGGUCACUUGCUGUCUUCGUUUCCCUGGUCAACUAAACUCUGAUCUUCGUAAGCUUGCGGUCAAUCUCAUUCCAUUCCCUCGGCUUCACUUCUUCAUGGUUGGUUUUGCUCCACUCACUUCGCGUGGAUCCCAGCAGUACCGAGCCCUCACAGUCCCUGAGCUCACCCAACAAAUGUGGGAUGCCAAGAACAUGAUGUGUGCUGCUGAUCCUCGUCAUGGGCGAUACCUGACUGCGUCUGCUAUGUUCCGUGGCAAGAUGAGCACAAAGGAAGUGGACGAACAGAUGAUCAAUGUCCAGAACAAGAACUCAUCCUAUUUCGUUGAGUGGAUCCCCAACAAUGUCAAGUCUACUGUCUGUGACAUUCCUCCCACGGGUCUGAAAAUGGCCUCGACUUUCAUUGGGAACUCCACAUCGAUCCAGGAGAUGUUCCGGAGGGUCAGUGAGCAGUUCACAGCCAUGUUCCGCAGGAAGGCCUUCUUGCAUUGGUAUACAGGAGAGGGAAUGGACGAAAUGGAGUUCACAGAGGCAGAGAGCAACAUGAAUGAUUUGGUUUCUGAGUAUCAGCAAUACCAGGAUGCCACAGCUGAUGAAGAAUUGGAUGAAUAUGAGGACGAGGAGGAAAUCCAGGAAGAUAUGUAGAGAGUUUCAUCAUCUGCCUGCAUUUAUAUGGUGGUGGGGGUCUUGUUUUGCCUUUUAAAUUCUAGUAAUAUGUGGGGAUUGCAAUAUCCAGUUGCCUGUUAUUGGGGGUUGUGUCUCCGUCCUUUCUUUUGUUUUCUUGCAAAAUACUGGUUUGUCCUGUUGAAUUCUUAUCUUAGAUAAAAUUUAGAAUUUUAAGUGCAAUCAA